GAAGGAGUGCCAACUGCCAGCUGGUGUCUCGAAUGUAUGUGCACAAAAUGGGAAGGGGUUAGUUGAUGUAAAUAUUAAUCGUGCUAACAUGGUACUAAAGCGUGUGAUUUGUAACAACGUGUGUUCCAAAACUUAUACAUUGCUUGCUUGUUCUAAUGCGCACAAUGUAAAAAGAUCUUUCUGCAGCACCAAUGGUGAUAAAGUAUCAACAGAUACUGAAAAGGACGAAAAGAAACGUAGUGGAUUUGCACGAGCGUUCGAGAGAUACACGUCAACCCCAGAAAUAAAGACCCAGACACCGGAGAAAGAAGAAACAUUCGCAUCAUUACUACGGAAUUCGAAAUUAAUUGACUUAGGGGAUCCACAAGGAAAAGUUGUGACUGGAAAUAUUUUCCAUGUGGUUGGAGAUGAUCUUUACAUUGAUUUUGGGUGGAAGUUCCAUUGUGUGUGUCCACGUCCUGCCAAGAAUGGGAGUGAAUAUGUAAGAGGUGCAAAAGUUCGACUGAGAAUCAAGGAACUAGAACUAUCAUCACGGUUCCUGGGUUCAUCUCGUGAUCUUACAUUGCUGGAAGCAGAUGCUACAUUGGUAGGGCUGAUCUCUUCACCAGCACGGUUGCUGCAACAGGCAAAGUAAUCUUAGAUGAAUUGCAAGUUUCUUCUAGCAAAAGGUGGAGUAGACAGUCUUCUUUUGUGUGUAUGUUACUUUUGUAUACAGCUAUCCAUAGACAAAUAAAAAUAUGUUUACAAAA